AUGAUCGAAGCCAGGAUCCCAUUGACCACGGAAGGAUGGACGGAAGACGAGCACAACGGGUUCCUCCACGGUCUCGAGGUGUACGGCUACGGAAACUGGGACGCUAUCGCGGUCUUCGUUCCCUCUCGCAGCUCGCCCCAGAUCGAAGCCUACGCUCAGCAGUACGUUGCACAAGGCGAAUCAGUUCAUUCUCCUCAGGUACGGUUGUUCGAUUCCGUCGGGGAAGGCGUCUCGCUUUGA